ACAGUGACGCCAUUGGAGCUCCUCCGCCACCACCGCCAUCCGCCGCUCCCCCCGCACCGAGAACCGCUCUCUUGGAGAGAGACGAGAACGAGAAAGAUGAUGGGAAGUAUUUGGGCUAUGAGAGGUGGAGGUUACCGGCUGCGCCAAAAGUUAAGAAGCCUCGUUCGAUCUAUAAUGCAGCAUCUUUGGCAUACUUGGGGGACUGCAUAUAUGAGCUAUAUGCUCGGAGACACUUUCUGUUUCCACCUUUAAGCAUCAAUGAAUACAAUGAACGUGUGAUGAAAGUUGUUUGCUGUGAAGCACAGGAUGUAUUGCUUAAAAAGCUUCUCGCCGAAGAUUACUUAACCGAAGAAGAAAGGGACAUACUUCGUUGGGGCAAAAACAUCACUACUAGCAAAUCGCGUACUACAAAACGGGCGGGAGUAGCCAUUUACAACAGAGCAUCUUCACUUGAAACACUGAUUGGAUAUCUUUACUUAACCAAUGUGGAACGCUUGGAGCAGCUGAUGUUUCAGUUAGGGUUCUCUACCGGUGCUUCUUCGCAUCAUAUUGCGGAGGAGCUUCGUGCCAAUUUGCGGAAAAGGACCGGUAACUCCACAAAUUCUCAGCAACCCCCAAUGCAGUGAAAUGCAGAACCAUUCGACGUGGAAUGACCUGAAUGGUGUGAUCAUUGACAUUCCUGGACUAUAAAUUCCCUGCAAAACAAGGAAGUAAGUCAAACCAUCCAAGUAUAUUCGACAUAAAGCCCCUGAGGAAUGAAGUUUAGGCAAAGAACAGCUGUGAGAGAACGAAUCUCUUUGAAGAACGUGGUACGGUAUGGGGUUUGGGGAUAGUAAAGAUUGCAAAUUAUGGGCAUUUUCGGGUUGCCUUUUGUUGGAUAUGUAAGAAAAUUUUGCUAGGGUCAGAACCGAAGUAUUGGAUUGUUUAGUAGUUGAAUUAUUUUGAAUUCACAUUGGAUCAUGUUAGUAUCCAUAUCAUUGAUGGUUGAUCAUAUUUGCUUAAGUAUUUGCAAUACAUGAUCGAAGGAAACCAUGCAUCACCA